CCACCUCCUCUUCGUCGCAUAAGCGUUCCCUCCGUCUCCUCGCUGGGCACUCUAGAGGCGUAUUCGGGCCUGCAGCCAUCAUCCAGGCUGGGACUGGGUGAGUGGAAUUCGAAUUUGACUUUCCUCUUAUAUCUUUAUUCAAGAUGUCCCCUAUAAUGAUUACCUCGCAAUGAGCACUUACUCCGAAUACGAGCUGAGCUGACCAAGUCCCCAGCACGGCCGUCCCAAUCUGCAAGAGCAAGAGCAGAGAUUAGUCUUAAUCUUAUUGGCGUCGGUCAACCCGCAAAUCUUAAUCCCAGCGACAUGCUGAGUCCCGCGAAUCAGACGCCUGUUCCUAGUGUUGCUGGCACGGCUACCACUCCGAGUCCUGGCCUCAGCCGUUGGCAUGCUCGGAAGAGCCGCGUUGAGGCUGAAAUUUUCACUCAUUCCAGGGGUGUCAGCGAUUCGUCUGCGCACCCUGCUUUUUCUUAUGAAUCCGGCUCUGUCGCUGGCUCAAGCAGCCCGCGGACAGGUUCAAAUGCACAGGUCUCGCAGGAUGACCUCUUUGACGCUGACCUGGCUGCAAGAGGAUCGCCUCCACGGAAGCUAGCAUCUCCCAAGAGCAAACCGCCCAUGGAGAAGUUUAGAUUGUUCAGACGGAAUCGGGGUCCCUCGUUUUCUGAUGAGCCUUCGCCCAAAACUGACCGGUCGCGUCGCGGAGCUUUUGAUAGGCUGGGUGCAUGGUUUAGUCGUUCUCAACAGCAGCAGCAACAGCAGCAGCAAAAUAAGGCUCAGGCGCAUGGACGUGCUCCCGAGUCAUCUGUUGCGCAGACAAUGGAAUGGCUUCGUCCGGUGUCGUCGCAUCCAGCACCGGGCCAUACACGCUUCUACUCAGACGACCGGACUGGUCGUGGUCGGCGCCGGUCAAACGUGGAGAGUCAAACAUCGUUCGAUGGACAACAUCCACCGCCAGAGGGAUACUUCGCGCCCGAAUCCUUCUCUCGCUUCAGGCGCUCGCCCCGGGCCUCCAAGAGCAGCCAGCAGUUAGCAUCUGCAGCAGCGGGAUCUCUAUCCCACCAACCUGACAGCCGACUCGCUCCACCGGACAGACUGCCUUCACCCGCAGGCUCCUUUUCAUAUAGCGGCAGGCCCCAUCAUCCCCAACUCUCUCCACAACUCUCUCCGCAAUUCUCUCCACAAUUCUCUCCACCACCGCACCUCACAUCCCCCAUCCCCCAAGCUAUCCCCCGCACGCCGCCCUCCCGCGGCCGCAGCCCCCAAUACCUUCCCCCACGCCCGGAAGAACGCAGCUACCCAAGCACCGACACCUCCGACCCAGCCAACAACCUAGGAACCUUCCGCAGCAACCCGCGCACCAGCCGCAUCGGGGACCAGGAACUCCCCUGGAAGCUCACGCUGCCGAGCGACUCGGACGAGGAGCACGCCGCCGGCGCCGGCGCGGCCUCGGCCGCGCGCGAGGGUGAGGGAAGUUGGCUGGAGAGUACCACGCAGCGGCUCCUGCAGUCGUCGCGGCUGCCGACCUACGAGGAGGACUCGGAGGUGCACGGGCAGCCGCAGCGGUCUGUUGUUGCGGAUGAGAAGGCUGCAGCUGACCAAAAUGGGGAUCAGAGUCGCGAGCAAGUGCAAGGGCAGAGUCAGCGCCAUCCGCACCGCGGUGAGGCGAGGGCGAUUAAUCCCGACGAUGCACCGGUGGAAUUGCCGGUGCAGUGGGAUGAUGACUCGGGCGAGGAGAUCACCAUGUCGAGUACGGCGUAUCCGGGGCAGGAGUGGAAGCCGUUGGGAUUCUCGGGGUGGGAAUACUAGGAUAGAAUACCCUUUUUUGGGCUUAUGAGUGAUGACGAUGAUUAUGGAUUGGAUUUGGCGGGAGUUUUAUGGUCGGUAUGGGAUGAUAUAUAAUUCGGAUUCUUGAUACGGUGCGUUUGUCUACAAGUAGGAUAAAAAAGAAAAGAAAUGAG